CACAUCACACACUUGUCGUUAUGGUGAAAUACUUGAUUGCAAUGGUGUUUUCAUGGUUUUGGUUUGGGAUUGGAGUAAAUCUUUGAACUUAUCCUUGACCCUCGAAGAAUUGUCCAUUCAUUGACAUCUGUUUUCAAAAGAAAACUACGGCGAACCUGUACUCUAGUACUAAUAAUAUUGGGUUAACUUGGAAAAAGACGUCAUUAUGUCGUCAGUCGAACAGGAAAUCCCAGUUACUGUGCAUCUUGUAAAAACGGUGCUUAAAUUAAAUUAAACCUGAAACCCGAUCGGACUUGUUCCAAGGUCUUCUAGAAAACCCCCCGCAAUAUUACUAAAUUUGUGUAAAUCUGGAGAAUUUCAGUUCGUGUACAUAAAUCGUAUGGGACAUCUUUAGUUAAAGACCAUUGAUAUGAUAUGCGCUUGAAUCAAGGAUAAACGAAUCAUUGAACAACUGCCGAAGGAACAAAAGUUUGCGGCUCAAUCACGUAACCUCUCAGCGAUACGCGUUCCGAAUGCGGUCGAAAUUCCUCCUAAGCGAAUUACAAACUCUUGAAGAAUUUAGCGACCCCCAGCUGCCAAGACACGACCGCAGACGGUUAAUCCACUCCCGCGACUUCCAAUCGCGUAAAUAAGACGAGGACUGAUUUCAUCACCAGACACCCACCCUCCAUCAAGGCAAUCCAAGGGGUAAACUCUUGGCAGGAGUCGGUAGAUCAAGUCCUUUGGGGAUCCUUGGGAUAAUGAAACCCAGCCGUAUCGAGAAGGCCAGAUUGUCCAACAUGGCUCACCAAGUCACCAGCAAACCGACACUUCUUCUUCUUCUUCUUGAACUCUCCAUUAUCUGUUUACUUCUUCCUCUCAUCAGCGCAAACGAUAACACAGACAAGGUUAUUGACUUGUUGCAAGGACAUCGCAGUAAGAGAUUUGUAGAGGUGCCUAGAUCAUGGAGAUACACACGCCAUGCUAUUGAUGUGUUGAAGCACGAUCUCAACAACAAUGACUUGUAUUUUUGUCGAGGUGAUGCCUUCCGUGGGGUCCAGUGCCCAGAGGAACCAUUCUGCGCAGCCUGGGAUCAGAUCUGCGACGGGGAGCAGAUAUGCGCCCUGGAGCAUAGAGCUGAGUGCUUGGAGAGGUCCGAGGCAUCCUUUGGCCGUAUGGAUUCUAGGCUUUGUGACGGAGAUGAGAAUCCCAAAUGGUGUCAUUGGAAAUACCAGGCACCUGUCAGAUGUGGAGAGGACAUCUUCCUAGGACCCAACAGACGAAAGUACCGGAUCCAAUCCCCCGGGUACCCUGACCUAUACCCCGGGGACUACUACUGCUUCUGGACCAUCUCGGUCCCUGAAGGUCACACUAUGACCGUCGAAUUCAAACGUUUCGAGACUGAGCCCAACUAUGACUUGGUGUCCCUCGGCACGGGCUACAAUCGGGAGAACGAACGCUCUGUGAUCAUCUUCAAUCACAGCGGCUUAAAGAAGCCAUCUCCCAGUAAGUUCGAUGUCAAUAGCAACACUGUCUGGUUGACCUUCAAGUCUGAUGAUUGGGAGAACUUCAAAGGAUUCUCCAUCGAGUUCAUGGACGGAGAGAAAAACCAUUUUGGAGUUCUGGGAAGGAGUCCCUUCAAUCAGGAGCCUAAUAGAGAUUGCGGCGGUAAAAUCCUCAUGCAACCCGACAAGGAGACCGCUGUCCAUUCACCACGCCACCCAAGGUUCUACCCUAACAACAUCGAGUGUGAAUGGGUCGUGUCGAUCGAGGAGGGGCUCCGUAUUCGAAUACAUUUUGAAGCCUUCGAUGUGGAAGAAGUCAAAGACCAUCUCAGCGUCGGAAAUGGCGUCAGUAGCAGACGGGCCCCGAUCCUCUACAAAUACAGCAGUCGCACCAAACCCGCUGAUAUCAUUUCAAGGGGCAGUGACGUCUGGUUUAAGUUUGUCACCAGCAUUGCGGUCGCCCGCACGGGCUUCAACGCGAUCCUGACAGAACAACCUAUUAACGAUUGUGGCGGCAUUUUCACAGUCCCCAGUCACGGCAAGAUGAGUUUCGGUUCCCAAGACUAUCCCAACAACUACCCGGCCGACACCGACUGUCUCUGGCAGUUCCGGUCCGGUUCCAACCGUCGCAUCCACAUCGGAUUCAAGGAUUUCGACUCGGAGUACGCUUACGACGUGAUGCGCAUUGGCAACGGAUUCGAACCCAACGUCAACGGGUCUAAUAUCGAGAUAGAGCACAGCGGAGACUCUUUGCCCGGUUAUAGCGAACCUGGAGACCUGGUAUUCGAGUCUGCCGGACCGGUGGCUUGGCUGGACUUCAAGGCGGAUGAUUUCAACCAGAAGAAAGGAUUCCGAUUCAAUGUGUACAAUGAGGAUUCGUCACCCUGGGUUGUGGCAGAGUCCAUCUCCUACGGAGAGCCAACAUCAGACACAGAUGUUUUAGUAGUAGGCUUCAGCGUGGGAAGCGAGUUACCAGGCAUACAGCUUCAAGACCAGGAAGUUGAUGAUCCCAAUGCCCACCAAGGGAGUGAUCAGGACGCCACCAACGGCGGGAAAACAGAGCCUGAACCUCAGGAGCCUGAACCUCAGGAGCCUGAACCUCAGGAGCCUGAGAACGUGGACGUUGUCACCGACCAAAACCAAGACCAAGUCAACACCGACGGGAAUUCAGACACCCAAAGACCUCCCAAGAGAGGAGGCAAGAAGCCGAAGAAGAACAAGAAACCCACGACGCAGGCACCCACGACAGAAGAGCCCACGACGACGACAAUGGCAGUGACAACCACGGAGGCAGUCAUGACAACCGAGGAAGAGACCACGUCGUCUGACGCUGACGCCGAGGACAGUUCCAGUUACAGCUCUGACUACGAAAGCGGAUUCUCCACGUCUUCUUCUAAUUAAAGAACCACCGCAAAGCAUGGGCACAGAGGCGACACAAUCUGCAAAAAGUUGAACUUUUGUCUCUCAAUAUCCAUCAUGCAUUUAUAUUUUCCCAAGUUAUCUUCAUCUGAACACAACCUUAUAUCCAUAUACAUAAUCUUGCAUAAGAUUUCAAUUGUUUUAAUCUUAAACUGAGUUUUGAUAUUUUAAAUGAGUUUUUUUGGGGUUCAAGUUUUAUUUUUAGUAAGUCAAAUUUUAAUCGCCAACAUUAUGUCUUGCGAUGUACGCAAUAUAAUGCCAAGAUAAUUUUUUGUAUAGCUUUAAGAAACUGUAGCAACCAAGUACAUUUUGUAAUUAUUAAACUCAGUGUCUGAUCACUCGAAUUAGGGUAUACAUCAUUGGGCUAUGAUUGACCAAACAAGUACACGCAAGAAGAAGUUCUGGCUUGACCAAUCAGAAAUGAAAGGGCAAGAUUUUCAACCAAUCAAAUCUCCUGUUAUGACAGUGUUAGUCCUUGUGACCUUGUUUGGUAAAUGCACCUGACGCACUAUCACGGGGUUUAAAUUACUAGGUAAUUGGGUUAUACCCAUGGUUAUACGUUCAGGCUAAAUACAAAGAACAGCUUGGAAACAUGUGGUACCAAUUUCUGACUUAAAAAACUCAACAUAACUAGGAAGUUCACCUGCGAAUGCAUUCAAUAAAACACGUAGGAGCAAGGCCACAAUUUUAAAUCACGAUCUUAAUAAUCCAAGUUUAUAAAUAGAUUUUGAUCAAUGUUUGAUCCACCUUUAAUCGUUUGGUGUAUUGACGAAGAGGGCGCAAUGCGCCUGCCAAUUAUGACAAGUUACGUGUAUAGUAGAAUUUGAAUAAUGUAGUUAUUAGCAAAUUCUAAAAUAAAUGUACACAACGUUUCACUUGCUGUACAGUGAAGUACUUGAUGAAUUUGGUAAUAAACCACUUCGUGUACGCACAUUUAA